AUGUUCAAACAAGCCAUUAGAAGAGCUUCUACUCUACCAAAGUAUGCUUUGGAACCAGCUUUCGGUAAGCCAGAUUUGGCUGCUGCCCAAGCUUACAAGGACUACAUGAAGCACAGUACUGAGCACGCUAAGCAAACCUCUAACUUGUGGGUUAAGAUCUCCAUAUUUGUUGCUGCUCCAGCUAUUGCUCUGACCGCUGUCAACACCUACUUCGUUGAAGCUGAACACGCUGAGCACCGUGAACAUUUGAAGCACGUUCCAGAUGAAGAAUGGCCAAGAGACUACGAAUUCCAAAACUUAAGACAAAAGCCUUUCUUCUGGGGUGACGGUGACAAGACUUUGUUCUGGAACCCAGUCAUUAACAGACACGUCUCUCACGAUUAA